CGUCAUUAUUAUGCGACUUCAGCAGCACGAGCGCACACAACAAAUGUGGGGUCAGAAUGUCUACAACUCAAUGACACAGAGUUUACAGGCAAACGGGCUGCAAUGAUACGACUUUAAAAUACAGCCGGCGAAUCUAAACAAAGAGAGGUCCACCGAAAGGCAGAGAGCUCUUCAAGGUCCUUAGCAGCAUUUGAUGGCUGUUCGCAGGUCCAACAUGUCCACCCACAUCUGCAGGCUGUUGGAGCUGGCGAUGCGCGCUUCUUGCUGUCCGUCCAUCGCAAGUAGAUCUUGUUUAAGAAGGACAGUGUUGAUGGAUCACAGAGUGCCUGGAGCCCCCACGAUUCACAGAAGGACCAACAGCCUUGAUUCCAUGCCUUCCGGGCCUGGUCGGCCAACGUUUACUGCAAACUCGCAGCAACCCCGUGCGGAGAAGACGUCCUACUCCUCAGCACUCGCGCACAGGAAUCUCUCUGCUCUGGCUCUAAAGGGCCAAAGUCGUCCUCUGUGCUUUAAUGACCCCGUGGAGCUCGGUGAAUUUGAGGACAAUGUACGUCAAGCUCGGACGUGUAAAAAGGCCCGACACUUCAUAGUAGACCCAAAGUUGGCCAAUGUGGUACUCCAGCACCUAGGACCUGACCUACAGAGUGCCAAGACUGUUGUCUUUGAAUGUAACCCAGGCCCUGGGGUGUUGACUAAGACCCUGAUCAAUGCUGGAGCUCAAAGAGUUGUAGCUCUUGAAUCAGAUAAAAUCUUCCUUGAUAAUCUGCAGGAAAUAGAAGGCCUCCUUGAUGGUCAGCUAGAAGUGGUUUAUUGUGACUUCUUCAAACUGGACCCUGUCUGGGAUGCAGUCAGUAAGCCACCAGUCUUGUUCGCCGAUAAACUAUUUACAGACCUGGGAAUAACAGAGGCCAACUGGUUGGAUGACUUUCCAGUGAAGGUUGUGGCCAUCCUGCCGACUCGUAAUGAGCGUGCCACUCUGCUGAAGUUAGUUUAUUCCCUGUUUGAACGGCUGUCCAUCUACAGAUACGGAAGAAUAGAGCUCAACCUCUUUUUGAGUGAACGUGAAUACAUGACAAUGAUGAUGUCUCCUGGUCAUAUGAGGCAUUACAGAGUCCUCAGUGUCCUCUGGCAGAUGUCCUGUGAUAUUGAACUCCUUCACAAGGAGCCCUGGGAUUCAUUUGUGGCAUCCAAACAGACGCCACCUCCCUCGAAAGGCGUUCUUCCCAACGAUCACAUGUGCCUGGUUCGUCUCCGUCCACGGGCUGACCUGUUCUCUGCCGGCCUCACACCCGCAAACGCCGGGACCCUGAUGGUUAUGGUCAAACAGUGUUUGGCAAAGAGGAAGGAAAAGCUUAUUAACAAGCUAAAUGUCUGGUCACCCGACAGUGGGAGUAAACUGUUAUCUGAGAUUGGACUUCCGGAAAAGAUCAUGACUGGUCACGUUCAUCCCAGUGAAUACCUUCAACUGUUCCGGUUAAUGAUCAAGAUCCCAGAGUUCACUCAGAGCUGGCUUUUUGAAGAGAUCAUGGAGAACAGUGAAAAAGAGAGAUGGAUCUGAACUGUGGCUAUAGAUAUCAAGUGCAAAACUUGGGUGUAAUUUAUUUGCUUGUUUGGAAAUGUCAUUUAAAAACUGAUCAUAAUAUUAAAUGGGCAGUAUCCAAAAUGUAUCUAGAUGGUCUUAAAAAUACAAAUACUCAAUAAAUGUAUAUACUGGA